UUUCAUUUUAAUAAUGCGAUGAAUCAUCAUUUAAUACUAAUUUUCAAAGCCAAAGAAAAGUUGUUGAAGGAUAAAUUAGAAGAGACAGAAAGAAAGAAGCCAUAACAGAGAAUCUGUUCAAGCCAAGCAAAGCUUAAAGCUUAAAGCUGAGAAAGCAUUUCUUAUUAUCUAUCAGUCCACUGCAAUAUUCUGGAGAUUUCUUUGUGGCUCUGCUUUUGUUCUUUUCUUCUACUGUUUAUUUUGUGUGUUUUAGCUUGUGAAAUUCAAAGUGAAGAUCAAGAAAUUCGUCUAUUCCAAAAAAAUCGUAUAAUCGAAUUCAAUAGCAUGGUUGGUAUUUUCUCCAGGUUUUCUGUUGUUAGAGGCAGCCAUAGACGAACACAGAGUGCCAUCGAUGGCAGGGAAGUAUUGUCUCCAAGAUCUGAUCUUGCUCCGGCAACUAAUACCACAACCACUGAAACUCAUGGGAUCGAAGUAGCAACAGAGUUUAAACCGGUGGAUCACCCGAUGGAGCCCUUAGACAACGAUCAACCGAUCCAAUGUCCACUCCCAGAGCCAUCCAUUCUCAAUGUAAGAUUCUUGAAAAAGUUCCAAGAAAAGAAAAAAUUAGUUUUUUUUGAUAGUGAAAACUGCAAAGAUAGGAGUGUUUGUAGAAAGCUUCACUCUAUUUUUUAUGAUCACAGGACGGGAGACUCUGGAAAGAGAGAGUGUCGGCUUCUUCGAUGAGGAGACGAAGUGAUUUGGCUAUUGUCCAAGAUGGGAUGGAUGAAGAAUCUGAUGUUUCUGUGACGUCAAUUCCAUCGCGGACUAGCCAAUGCAAUACCAACCGUCCGAUCUUGCCUUCACUUAGUGCGCCGGAACACGACUUGCUUAAUCUACUAGAAGAAUGCAAAGUAUCUGGUAGUAUCUAGCUAAGAACCUGCAUGGAUGGUCUAGACUCUUUUUACAUUUAUGUGUAAGAACAAAACCAACUCAUAGUGAAUGAAUGUUAUUAUAUCUAACUAAAAUCAUCCACUUCAUCCUCCGAUAAACAUAAAAGAGACAUUGUAUAUCCAAUGUUUCCCAAUUAA